GAGUCUCCACGCAUCACUUUUUUCAUAAUUCCCUUCUUCUUACAUUUAUCUUCUAAGAGAUAAGCUUCUGGAGAAUAAUUAACGAGUCAUGGACUCAGUACAACUCGCGGAGUUACUUCCGGGUUUGCCCGAGGAACUCGCUCUCGAAUGUUUGACUCGGUUGCACUACUCAGCUCACUCGGUGGCUUCGCUCGUGUGCCGGCGGUGGCGCGAGCUUCUUCUCAGCCGGGACUUUUACUAUCACCGGAAGAAAACGGGGCAUACCCACAAGGCCGCUUGCCUUGUUCAGGCGCGGCCGGUGCCGUCCGAUUCCAAACCGGUGGGGCAACCGAGUUACGGCGUUUCAAUGUUCGACCCGGUGAGCGGGGCUUGGGCCUGGAUCGACCCGAUUCCCAAGUACCGGAAUGGGUUGCCGAUGUUUUGCCAAAUUGUGAGCACGGAAGGGAAGCUGGUGGUGAUGGGCGGGUGGGACCCGGCGAAUUGGGACCCAGUGAAGGAUAUUUUUGUGUACGACUUCGCCACUCGCGGGUGGACUCAGUGCCGGGACAUGCCCUCCAAGCGCUCCUUCUUCGCCGUGGGGGCGGCGGAAGGGAGGGUGUUCGUCGCCGGCGGCCACGACGAGAGCAAGAACGCCCUGAGCUCGGCGUGGGUGUUCGAUAUCCGGCGGAACGAGUGGUCGGAGCUGCCGCGGAUGAUCGAGGAGCGAGACGAGUGCGAGGGCCUGGUAAUCGGGUCCGAGUUCUGGGUCGUCAGCGGGUACGACACCGAGUCGCAAGGGCGGUUCAAGAGCAGCGCCGAGUCAAUGGAACUGAGUUCCGGCGAGUGGAAGCGAGUCGACGACGCGUGGGGCGCGAAUCGGUGUCCAAGAGCGUGCGUGGGGAUGGGCAAAGACGGUAAUUUACUAUGCUGGGCAGAAUCCGACCCGGAGAUCCGGGUCGGAGCCUGCGGGAUUGAUCUAGGCAAAAUGACGGUAGUGACCGGAGCUCCAUACCAGGGUGCACCGCACGGGUUUUUCUUCUCGGAUAACAAUGGAGGGCAAAAUCGUAAACUGGUGAAAAUAGACGUCCCAGAUGAAUUCCUUGGAUUUGUGCAGUCUGGAUGCGCAGUUGAGAUAUGAAUAUAUUUGUUUUCUAAAAAUGAAAACUCCGUAAUUAUUAGUGUUGGGGGGGGGGGGGGGGGGGGGGGGGGUGCUAGUGACGCCGGCAUAGUAGUACUGCUUUUUUGUAAUACUAUGUUGCCACCACUGUCAAAACAGUUUAUGUUUUCAGUUGGGUUUUUUUUGUGACGGUUAUUGUAUUUUCCUUUUAUAUAAAAUAUAAAUAUAAAUGUAGAUAUUGAGUUUG